UCUCACAGAGCAGGCUGCUCCCUCAGUGAACAGGACCACAUCAGCUCCAGCUCCAGCUCCAGCCGCAGCUCCGACUCUGCGCACCAGCAACUCACAGCAGCGCAACAUCUCUCCCUGUACACGGUUCAGCUGUGGAUGUGCGCAAGACGUGCGGAUGGUUAUGUUUGAAAAGGAGUCAGGACACCUACUGGACCAGUCAACUACAACAGCAAUGCCUUCCAACAAGUACUCUGGUGCUGUCUUAGCAGAGAGCAGCAAUGUGACUGCCACAGCAGCAGUGAAUGGAGACAUGCCCCUUGUUGCCGAGGGCCUAUCAGAGAGCGACAGCGGCGUUGAGUUGACCAAUGACAACAGCCCCAUGACUGCAGCUGAACCGCCCUCCCCCUUCAGCCCCAAACAGAACGGAGGUGCUGCUUCACCACAAGAUGGUAACCAGUGUACAAGAGGAAGCAGGAAGAGGAGCAGGAAGAGGCCCGAGGAGGAGGAGCGGGACUGGGACUCCUAUAGUGAAAACAAGCCUUCAGGAACAUCUCCAUCAGGCUUGAGACAGAGGCCGAGACCAAGAACCAUCUACCAGGCUGGGAUGACGGCACACUCUCAGACCAAACCUCGCAGGCAGAACCGCAGACAAGACCAAAGCAUAAUAAUGUAUGCCGGUAGGCCUCGCAGAGCCGCUGUCGUGUCCCGGAAGAGUCCAGAGGCGCCUUGUUUGGAGCUAAUGGAACAAGACUCCAAAGACUCGGCCCAGAGCACCAGCACCACGUCCAGCUCCGAAGUCCAAUCAGAAUACAACGAUAACAAAGGUUUUGGAAUCGGCGAGCUGGUCUGGGGGAAAAUCAAGGGCUUCUCCUGGUGGCCCGGCAUCGUGGUGACUUGGCGGGCCACUGGCAAACGGCAGGCCAGCCACGGCAUGAGGUGGCUGCAGUGGUUUGGAGAUGGCAAGUUCUCUGAGGUUUCAGCAGACAAGCUGGACUCUCUCAUAGCCUUCCCUAAGUUCUUCAGCCAAGCUUCGUACACCAAGCUGGCCUCCUACCGAAAGGCCAUCUUUCAGGCAGUCGAGAUGGCCAGCGUCAGGGCGGAGAACACGUUUCCACCCUGUGAGACGGAUAAUCCCGAGGACCAGAUCAAACCCAUGCUGGACUGGGCCAAUGGUGGCUUCCAGCCCAAAGGAGAGGAAGGACUCAAACCUACACGCAGUGCCAACAGUAACCCUCUGGACCACCAGAUCCUCAAUGUUUCCCUGCCAGAAUAUUUCCCCAGCACGAAACGACCCAAAGUCAGCCCUUACAAGGGCAAGGCUGUGCCUGAGGAGCCCUGUAGCAGAGAACAAAUGGUGAAUGAAGUACAGAACAAUAAAAGAAGUAUAGAAGAGUUCUGCCUCUCUUGUGGAAAGAUGAGAGCAGCAACCUUCCACCCACUGUUUGAAGGAGGCUUGUGCCAAACAUGUAAGGAUGUGUACCUGGAGAUUUCCUACAUGUACGAUGACGAUGGUUACCAGUCGUACUGCACAGUCUGCUGUGGAGGCCGAGAAGUACUGCUCUGCGGCAACGCCAACUGCUGCAGGUGUUUCUGUGUGGACUGUCUGGACAUCCUUGUGGAACCCGGAGCGUCUAACAAUGCCCGGUACCAGGACCCUUGGUGCUGCUACAUGUGCCAGCCGCAGCUGCAGUAUGGCGUCCUGAAACAGCGGCAUGACUGGAGCCUGAAGCUGCAGGAGUUCUUCGCUAACAAUAACGGGCAGGAGUUUGAAAAAACUAAGAUUUUCCCAGCAGUCCCUGCAAAGCAACGAAGACCAAUCAGAGUCCUCUCCCUGUUUGAUGGCAUUGCUACUGGCUACCUGGUUCUAAGGGAUCUGGGUUUUAAGGUGGACCAGUAUGUGGCGUCGGAGGUGUGCGAGGACUCCAUCUCGGUCGGUGUCGUCAGACAUGAAGGAAAGAUCCAGUACGUCCACGACGUCAGGAACAUCACCAAGAAAAAUAUUCUGGAGUGGGGUCCGUUUGACUUGGUGAUUGGAGGAAGUCCCUGCAAUGACCUCUCCAUUGUGAAUCCUGCCAGAAAAGGCCUGUAUGAAGGUACAGGGAGGCUGUUCUUUGAGUUUUACCGUCUCUUGAGCGAGGCCAAGCCUAAAGAAGGAGAAGACCGGCCGUUCUUCUGGAUGUUCGAGAACGUGGUGGCCAUGGGCGUCAAUGACAAGAGGGAUAUCUCCCGAUUCCUGGAGUGUAACCCUGUGAUGAUCGAUGCUAUCGAGGUCUCUGCUGCCCAUAGAGCCCGAUACUUCUGGGGGAACCUGCCGGGCAUGAACAGGCCUCUCUGUGCCUCUGGGAUGGACAAGCUGGAGCUGCAGGACUGUCUGGACCAUGGACGGGUUGCAAAGUUUGGAAAGGUGCGAACCAUCACUACUCGAUCCAACUCUAUCAAACAGGGAAAAGAUCAGCACUUCCCUGUCUUGAUGAACGGGAAGGAGGACGUCCUGUGGUGCACGGAGCUGGAGAGGAUUUUUGGAUUCCCUGUGCACUACACCGACGUGUCCAACAUGGGUCGUGGUGCCAGGCAGAGACUCCUGGGCCGGUCCUGGAGUGUCCCUGUCAUCAGGCACCUGUUUGCUCCGCUCAAAGAUUAUUUUGCCUGUGAAUAGACACAAGCCCGUCACCAAAGGGACAGAUUCCAUUCAGGAAUAUGCAGCAGGAUUUUAAUUUGAUAUAUUUGUGUUAAAAAAAAAGGGACCACAAGAGGUUUCACUCCGUCAGGCACUUUUGCAUGGAGAGAGUUACUUUAAUUAAAAACAGAGCAGCAGGAAAAUGAGAA